UGCGGUGGCUGGAGGGGCAGCCGGGCUGACUGGCUGCGGGGUGGCUUGGAGGAGCCAGCACCGGGUCAGCUUGUCCCGCCUGCGUGUGGGAUCUGCGUGUGUCCCCACACCCAGCCCUGGUGCAUUUUUUCCCCCCAAGCUGGGGCCAGGAGAGAGGAGCUGCUGUCGUGGCCCUUGCAGGUGUCUGCUGCUAGCCCGGGCGUCAGGCUCGGGGCAGGCAGGGAUGUCCUUCAGGCUUGGAUGCUUCCAACUCCUGCUCCUCUUCAGCUCCCUCCUGGCAAAAGGCUCUUACGGCGCUGCCUUGUGCAGACAGCGUAGCACCCAGUCUUUCACCCUGAGACCUGCUCUGCCACUCCUCUGGGGAUGCAUCUCCUUAAAAAAGGUUUUUCCUCCAAGUGUUUAACGUCUGUGUUUCUUCAAUAAGCGUCUUGAGUUUGUUUCAAGCUAUUGUCAUUGCUUGGUGUUGGGUGGCACCUCUGUUGCUUUUAGCUGGGGGAGGCAAGUGUCGGGACAUGUUUCAGCUCUGACACUGGGUCUUCAAGGCUUAGGACCUUGCUGAACAGCUAAGGUUUUUGUAGUUGAUGGUGGAGAGAGAGGCCAGCAUGAGUAGGUGGGCACAUCAGGACUGCUGUGUUUUUGGCUAGUGGCUGGAGUGACUUUGGCUGAACUCUUGAACCUUACUUGCCCUCCAGUCCUCACCCUAAAAACGGGUGUAAUCUUGUGUGGUGGCCAGCUGGCUUUGGUGGAAGCUCCUGAAGCAAGCUCUGGGGGCAGCCAAAGGCAACCCUCCCAGCCUACAGAAUCCUCACAUGGCCUAGGGGCUGCUUGUCCAGAGCUUUUAUCAGCUUUCUCACUGCUUGCCCUCUUUUCCUGGCCUGUCCUUUCACCAGCAGAAAUGCAGAAAAACCAGUUCUGUGGUUAAUUGCUGCAUUUCCCUCCACGCCCAUGGGGCAGGUCUCCUGCUUCUCCUCCUCCUCACUUACAGUCUGGGUGCACUUCAGCCUCUCCUUCCCUGCCUGUGCUCAGCCGGCUCAAAUGCUCAGCUGCCUCAGGUGCACCAUCAGGCCUUCACACUCUUUCCAUUAGCCUUACAGCUUCUCCUACCUUCUCCUUUUUCCUCUGGCUGCAAGAGCUUCUGGCUCUCUGGUGGCUCCUUCUUCCUUGGGCAACCCGGCAGGUUGGCCCACAGGUGCAGAAGGCGCAGGCAGCUGCUGCCCUUCUGGCCCUGCCCUGUCCAGAGGGAUAGCACUUGGACGCGAUGGCUGGAGGACAUGAGAGGAGCAUGAAGGCCCUGAAGGAGGUGUGGAGAAGAGCGGAAAACUCUCUGUGUGCAGACUGUGGGAAGCCAGAUCCUGACUGGGCAUCCUCUACUUUGGGUGUCUUUAUAUGCCUCAGCUGCUCAGGAAUUCAUCGCAACAUCCCUAGCAUCAGCAAAGUCAAAUCCCUGAAGAUGGACCACUGGGAUGAUGCUCAGGUGCAGUUUCUGGCCAAGCAUGGGAAUGCUGUGACUAAAGCCACAUACGAAGCUCACAUCCCUAUUUACUAUUACCAGCCAAACUACAAUGACUGCCAAGUGCUGAGAGAACAGUGGAUACGGGCCAAAUAUGAACGCAAAGAGUUCACCGAGCCGGGAAAGCAGCUGCCAUAUUCUGAUGGGGUGAAGGAAGGCAUCCUCUGGAAGCGAGGCAGAGACAAUGGGCAGUUCCUACCCCGCAAGUUUCUCUUGUCUGAGAGAGAGGGAUGUUUGAAAUAUUUCACCAAGCAGGAUGCCAAAGAACCCAAAAUCAAUGUCAAAAUAGAUGUAAUCAAUGCUACAUUCCAGCCAGUAAAGAUUGGGAACCCCAAUGGCCUGCAGAUCACCUAUCUCAAAGACAACAAGACUCGGAAUAUAUUUGUCUACCAUGAAAGUGGCAAGGAGGUGGUGGACUGGUUCAAUGCCAUUCGCUCUGUGCAGUUCCAUUACCUGAAGGUAGCAUUUCCCAUUGCCAGUGAUAAUGAGAUUAAAAAUCGGCUGACACGAAACUUCCUGAAGGAGGGAUACAUGGAGAAGACUGGUCCAAAGCAGAGAGAAGCUUUUAAGAAGCGCUGGUUCACACUGGAUCACCGCAGGCUCAUGUACUUCAAGGACCCUUUGGAUGCAUUUGCUAAGGGUGAGGUGUUUGUGGGCAGCAGAGAGAAUGGCUAUAGCGUCCAGAAAGGAUUGCCUUCAGGGACACAGGGAAACUUCUCUUGGCACUAUGGCCUCACGAUUGUCACCCCUGACCGGGAAUACCUCUUCACCUGUGAGACGGAGACUGACCAGCUGGACUGGAUUACAGCCUUCACUAGUGUCAUCAACCAGGCCAUGACACCGCAGGAAUAUGCAAUUGAAGCCUACUUCAAGUUUAAGUCCUAGGAAGCCAUGCCGGAACCUCACUAUGACUCGACUCCACCUGGCCCUGUUGGGUGGGCUGUCAGUAGAGAUCAACAUCAGAGAAACACAGUGCUCUUGGAGCACCCUUUGAAGCACCUUUUCCCCCGCAUAGAUGGUCUGCUUUGUUCUGGGGGCCAGAUCAAGCUGCUUCCUUUCAAGUGCAAGACUUUGUGAGUUUGAAUCCUCAGCGCAACACGUCAGUGUUAAAUUGCUGUGGUCUGACUGGAUUCUGGCAGGCCUUGCCUGUCAGUCGGGCCUUGGAAACUUGGCACUUGCUACAUUGGGCAUGGGACCUAGCAUCACUCCUGCAUGGACAGCCACAUACAUUAUGCAAGAAAACAGCUGCCUGCCUGGAGCUACACCCCAGCAGGUUGCAGGGGCUUCUGGACUAGGUGGGACACGAAAAGGCUUCUCUGCUGGCAACAGAGAUGUGAAACAUACACAUAUUUGAUCAGUUAGAGCUGUAGUUGAGAAAGGUUACUUAAAGGAUGUAAUCCAACAGCCAAAUGUGAGUCUUGUUUCCUCCUGCCGUGGGUGGGCUUGAAAGCUUCUUCAGGCCACAUUUGUGUGGAGACCUUCUUCUGAUUGCUACAGAGAAUGUCAAGAGAUCUGCUCAAAACCAAUGUGUGUGUAUACUUGUGUGUACAGCAUGUGGAUAAUUGUGU